CGGUUCCUCGGCCAUUCGUCGUCCGGCGCGCGUCCGAGGUACUUGGACCAUCGAAGGGAGUCGCUCCUCUCUCGCUUUCUCCUUUACGUUACCCACACACAUACACACGCGCGCGCACCCAACCAACCUACAUCACGAUGUCUGGACUCGCGGAUCCCGUGGCAUUCGCCAAGGAUUUCAUCGCCGGCGGUGUGGCCGCGGCAAUCUCCAAGACCGCCGUCGCGCCCAUCGAGCGCGUCAAAUUGUUGCUGCAGGUACAGCACAUCUCCAAGCAGAUCUCCGAGGAAAAGCGUUACAAGGGUAUGGUCGAUUGUUUCGUUCGUAUCCCACGUGAGCAAGGAUUCCUCAGUUACUGGCGCGGUAACUUCGCCAACGUUAUCAGAUACUUCCCAACGCAAGCCUUGAACUUUGCCUUCAAGGACAAGUACAAGCAGGUUUUCCUUGGUGGUGUUGACAAGAAUACUCAGUUUACACGUUAUUUCCUUGGAAAUCUCGCAUCUGGUGGUGCUGCUGGAGCCACGUCCCUGUGCUUUGUCUACCCACUUGACUUUGCCAGAACUAGGUUGGCUGCCGAUGUAGGCAAAGGAGGUACAGAACGUGAGUUCACAGGCUUAGGUAAUUGUUUGGUGAAAAUCUUCAAAAGUGACGGUAUCGUCGGUCUCUAUCGCGGAUUCGGUGUAUCGGUGCAGGGUAUCAUCAUUUACCGUGCGUCUUACUUCGGUUUCUAUGACACUGCCCGUGGUAUGCUGCCAGACCCCAAAAAGACUCCAUUCCUCAUUUCAUGGGGUAUUGCCCAGGCCGUAACCACUGUGGCGGGUAUUAUAUCCUAUCCCUUCGAUACAGUACGUAGGCGCAUGAUGAUGCAGUCCGGCCGUGCCAAGAGUGAAAUCCUGUACAAAAACACUCUUCACUGCUGGGCCACCAUUUACAAGUCUGAAGGUGGCAGUGCCUUCUUCAAGGGCGCGUUCUCUAACGUUCUGCGUGGUACAGGUGGUGCGCUCGUACUAGUGUUGUAUGAUGAAAUUAAGAACCUUCUUUAAAGCGCUAAAACGAUCCUCGUCUCAUUACUUUCACGAUCACUGAUAUCGUCAUUAAUUAUCUACAUCAUCUUGCGAUUUGAUAGCAAUUCCCAUAGACCGACGGAUAGAAGAGACUUUCUGUCGGCAAUUAUUAACAAAUAAUUCAGGCUGAGGAUGUUUGACGUAGCAGCUCGCAAAGUGCACGAAACUCGGCAAAAAUUGUAACAGAAAAAAGAAUAAGCAUAGAAGAGAAUUUGCUUAACUUAUUGCCGGAUUCAGUAUUUUUCCCGCAGCGGUUGACAUUACGUAUUUUCGUAUUCCAUUGUUGUAAAAACAUUGAAGAGGCAAGCACAAUCGCGAAAAUAUCGCGGAACACCUGUUACCUGGAUAACGUUCCACACAUGCCACGCUGAAUAAGUAGACCGGUCGGAAUAUAUCAGAGUACUUGAAAGUAACAAUUGCCUAGAGAAUCAAGUCAGCGCACGCGAAAUCAUCGCGAGAGAGGAGGACGCGCGACGAAAUUUCCAUCACGGCGAUGGCGGGGCGCGUAGCCUGGGCCGCCCCUCGCCCUUAUUCUCGGCCCGUUGUAGAUAAUUCAUAAUUCGUAAUUAAUAAAUCAUUUUAAUGGUAAUCAGCCAGUCCGUUGAUUUUUGAUGGACGAUAUAAUUUAAUUUCGCACUCCAGACGACCAUGUAAGAGAUGAUGAAAAGCGUUACUCAGAAUGUAUGCAUCUAAUCUGUUCAUGUUAGGAUGCAUGCAGGGAAAGCAGCAAAUCAAUAAAAACGAUAUAAAAUUUUA